AUGAGCUUCCACCUCAGUGCCGAGAACGUUCGCGUCGAGGAGAACCACAUCCUCGUCGCCAAUCUCAAAAACAACAAUGGUGAAUACCACCAAGUCGCCGUCGACCUGAACGUGCACAUCGGAAACAACAACGGCCACUUCCAAUGGGGAGGCAAGGACUUCUCCCAGACUGCCCGCAACGUCCACUUCGGCAUUGAGGGUGGUGCCUCAGUGCCCGUCCUCCGUGCUGAGCUGCGUACCCCCAAUGGCGACUGGGUUGGCGCCGAUGUCAACUUGGAUGAGCGUGUUAUCAACAACAACGGCCAAUUCGAGUUCCAGUACUAG